GACGGACGCCUGUCCGUGCUGCCCUGUGUCCUGGCUGUUGCGCUGGACCGCGCUGUGGCCAGAUCUUUUUCUCUGGUCCGGACGAUCAGGAUAGCUCUCAGGGCCCCGCCCUGUGUGGCCUUGCCUGGCUUGCUCGAAUCCUACAACCUCUGCUGGCAGGUUGGCGGGCCGACCCCAGACCCACGUCCCACCACCGGCCGGCGAAGAUCCGGGGAUGGGCAACGCCACCCAGCUCGCUCCAGAGCCAGCAUGGGUCUUGGUGAGGUGGGUGACUCUCCAGGAUGGGAGACAAGCCAAUUUGGGAGCAGAUUGGAUCCAGCUUUAUUCAGCAUUACUACCAGUUAUUUGAUAACGACAGAACUCAACUAGGCGCAAUUUACAUUGAUGCAUCAUGCCUUACGUGGGAAGGACAGCAGUUCCAGGGGAAAGCUGCCAUUGUGGAGAAGUUGUCUAGCCUUCCGUUCCAGAAAAUCCAGCAUAGUAUCACGGCACAGGACCAUCAGCCUACACCAGAUAGCUGUAUCAUCAGCAUGGUUGUCGGCCAGCUCAAGGCCGAUGAAGAUCCCAUUAUGGGUUUCCACCAGAUGUUUCUAUUAAAGAACAUCAACGAUGCUUGGGUUUGCACCAAUGACAUGUUCAGGCUUGCCCUGCACAACUUCGGCUGACCUCUCCUGGCCAGACACUCAUGCUGUUUCCUCCUCCCUCCUCUUCCCAAUACUAUCUCACUCCUCCAGAUGCUCCAAAUAUCAUACACAAUCGAGCAGGGCCGAGGUGGGAGUGGUGCAGUGCGCUUCUGUCUCCACGGUGUUGUGCAUGAUGUUUGGAUGCUAGACUAGUUGCAUCUGACAGGAGAAGUUUGUGUUGUACCAGCGCAUGCCUUGGAAAGACUUAAGUAAUGCAAAAGAUUGUCGGUUUUUGGUUUUGUUUUAUUUUGUUUUUUAAUCUACUGACAAGUUGCUCUAGUAACCCAAAGAAGUGAAGGAGAAAGCAGCUGCCUCACCGCCCAGAUAUUGAUUUGUUCAGAUGUUUCAAUGCCUCAUGAUACAAUAAAACCACAAACGUUUUCUUAACA